AUGUCCACUUCUCGUAACACCAGCUUGCUCUCUUCAUCCGAGAAAAAGCGGCUGCGGGACAGGAAAGCGCAGCAGACUUUGCGCGAAAAACGUCAAAAUCGUAUGCUGGAACUGGAAGCGCGAGUAGCUUUUUGUGAAGAGAAUCAUGGGGCAGAAACUGCGCAACCCGAGAUUGAACCACUGAUUAAAGAGGAUGAGGUUCAUGAUGUGAAGAAGCUGCUUGAUACGGUGGAGAAAUUGCGACUGGAGAAUAAUCGCUUGCGCGAGCGGCAGGAGAGUCUGCGCCGGAUGGUUGGGUCGUGGAAUUCAGGCGAUGAACAGGAAGUUCUUGAGCCUAAGGAGAUGCAAAAACGACAUGACGAAAAACGUGGGAUCAGGGCUUCAUGUGGCUUAUAUGGAGGCCGCGCAGUGUCCGAGAUCGAUUAUCGGACUUCUUCCAGUCCCGCUGUUGAUAAUACUCAUUUCACUGCAUCUACUGUCGCCAGCCCAUCGGCAAUGUCAAUUAGUAGAGCAGGCUCSGCGCCUCUAUUCGGCGCMCCAGCCCCGACAGUACCGACAUCACUCUACCAGUUCGCAGGCUCAAUAUGCUCACCACAAAACCAUCCCCCAAGUCCACACCCAAUAAUCCAUCUCCCCUCUCCACCCGCUGUAUCAUCCUCAGUGCCCACCUGGUGUCGAGUCCCGCGCAACACCUACGAAACCAACAACACACGCGUGUUUCCUCUGAUAUCGUCACGCUGGUUCUUCCACCCAGAACGAAUCACUCCCUGCCCCUUACAACCAUCGCCUCUGGACUUACUGCACGGCACGCGUCGCAACUUCCUUGCAAACUAUAUCCACGACUCAAUCCGACUUCGCGCCAUACGAGACGCCGAAUGCCUCGCCUUGGGCAACUUGCUCUACGCCUACAGUAAAUGGCGCGUGUCACCCACACCCGCAACAUUCGCCCGCCUCGUGCCAUUUCAGCACCCCCUACCUAUCCAACUUGAGCAAGACCACUUCGGCGGCAUAGACAUGAUAGUAUGGCCCCAGAUGCGCGUCAACAUGAUUCGCCACUGGGGCGAAAUCGAUUUCUUAGAAGUAUUCGACUUUCUGGCGGCUUGUAUGAAGGUUCGCUGGCCGUGGAACAAGGAUAUGCUGGAACGCGAUGCAGAUGACAACCUGCAGUUGCGAGAGGAUUUCAGGCAGAUUUUUAGUAGUGAGGACGGAUGGGGAUUGACGGCGGAAUUUAUUGAUCGGUAUCCCAUGCUUUUGGAGGGCAUGGAUGUGGAAGCGUUGAGAUUUGAGAUUACCUUCCCGACGGAGAUGUAUUCUUAUUAA